AGUAUGGCUUCCAUUUUACCUGCUUCUAAUAGAUCCAUGAGACCGGACAAGAAUGCCUAUGAGGGAAAAAGGUCUGUAUAUGUUAAGAAUCCUUACCUGGAUGCUAUGGAUGAAGACAUUCUCUAUCACUUGGAUUUAGGAACCAAAACACACAACCUCCCAGCAAUGUUUGGGGAUGUAAAGUUUGUCUGCGUCGGUGGGAGCCCCAACAGAAUGAAAGCAUUUGCACAGUUCAUGCACAAGGAACUCCAGUUGGAGGGGGAUGGAGAAGACAUUGAAGACAUCUGUGCAGGGACAGACAGAUAUUGCAUGUUCAAAACAGGCCCUGUGCUCUCCAUCAGUCAUGGGAUGGGCAUCCCCUCCAUUUCUAUCAUGCUCCAUGAACUCAUCAAGUUACUCCACCAUGCACGCUGCUGUGACGUUACCAUCAUCAGAAUCGGAACGUCAGGGGGAAUUGGGAUUGCCCCAGGAUCUGUUGUAAUAACAGAUACGGCUGUAGACUCUUUCUUCAAGCCUCGGUUUGAGCAGAUCAUCUUGGACAGUGUGGUGACCCGAAGCACUGAACUUGACAAGGAACUGGCUGCUGAUUUACUCAACUGUAGCAGAGAGAUCCCCAACUUUCCAGCCCUCAUUGGACACACAAUGUGUACCUACGAUUUCUAUGAAGGCCAGGGCCGCCUAGAUGGAGCAUUGUGUUCCUUUUCGCGAGAAAAAAAGCUAGACUACUUGAGGAGAGCACACAAAGCUGGCAUCAGGAACAUCGAGAUGGAGUCGACGGUGUUUGCAGCCAUGUGUGGACUGUGCAGUCUGAGAGCUGCCGUGGUCUGCGUGACACUUCUUGACCGACUCGAGAGUGACCAAAUCAGUUUGUCCCAUGAUGUCCUGGUGGAGUACCAGCAACGGCCACAGCUGCUAGUCUCCAAUUUCAUCAAAAAACAGCUUGGGCUUUGUAGCCAGAUGUCCCACCCAUCUCCCAGAGAUGCCGAGAAACAGAUGAAUGAAACCGUUACUACCCAGUCUUGCUGUUGCUUCCUGACCAAGGCUGUGCGAAUGUUCUCGCCGGUAGUUCUUAUGUCAGCAAAUAGUCGGGUCGGAUAUCUGCAAAACUACUUUGAGGAGUCGACUGGCCUUCCUUAUUCUGUGGUUCAGUCAAGGAGUCAGAUGAAUGGACUCUCCUGCAUCAUUCCUCAAUCUGGCCCCCUUCCCACCCCAACCCCUCUGCUCCAAGUGCGGAUGCCACUUUCUGCCUUGGGUCUGCCGGGGUCUCACUCUCAAUAG